AUGGUACCACUAAAUGUUGAUUGCAGUGUCCCUUCAGUUUAUCGUACAUUUAUUAAGGAAGCUCCUUAUGUCAGCGAGCUCGAUGAGAAGAUGAGUGUAACAGAAAGCAAGGUAGUGUACGGUUUACAUAGGGUGGAGAUUCACAGAGGUAGUCGGAGGCUCGAGCUUCAGUAUCAACAUGAGUACAACAGCAUCAGUACUAGCAUUGGCUUGACAGAAAACCCCAUGGUCAAUUUAUCUGGAGUUGUAGGAACACCCCUUCUUGUUCUUGGUACUGAUCUUUCUUACGACACUGCAUCCGGUAACCUCACCAAAUGCAAUGCUGGAGUGAGGUUCGCAAAUGCUGACCUGAUUGCUGCUGUCAAUUUUGUCGAUGUGUGUGUUUUUUUCAAUGCUUCUUACUGCCACAUUGAGAGUCCCUUGACCUAUACAGAUGCUGGUGCCAAGCUUGCCCAUAGUUUCAGUACAAAUGAGAACACCUUGACCAUCGGUACCCAGAAAGCUUUGGACCAAUUGACUUCUGUCAAGGCUAGUAUCAACAACCAUGGUAAGUCAAGCGCUCUUAUCCAGCACGAGUGGAGGCCAAGGUCCAUCUUCACCGUCUUAAUUAACCAACUGACGGUGAAUUAG